UGGCCCGGAAGUGAUAGUGAGUUCAGCUGUCAUGGCUGAGAAGAGGAGUGCUUCAGAGCUGCCUCUGCUGUGUUUAUUAAUAACUGUGUCUCUCCUGCAUUUAUUCAUCUGUCCCUUCACUAAAGUUGAGGAGAGCUUUAAUUUACAAGCGGUGCACGACAUUCUGUAUCAUAGACUGGACUUUGACAAGUAUGACCAUCAUGAGUUCCCUGGCGUGGUGCCACGGACUUUCCUUGGCCCCCUGGUCCUCUCGGUGCUCUGCUCCCCUGUUGUGUUUCUGUCCUCUCUGCUGGAUGCACCAAAAUUCUACACACAGCUGACAGUCCGAGCCUCCCUGGGAGUGUGUGUUGUCGGUGCUCUUUGGCUCAUGCAGAAGGAAGUGAGGAGGCAGUUUGGCUCCACAGUUGCAGGGCUCUUCUGUCUGAUGUGUGCUUCUCAGUUUCACCUAAUGUUUUACAGCACCAGGACACUCCCUAAUGUAUUUGCAUUGCCAAUAGUUCUGGUAGCAUUCACUUCCUGGAUGGCUCAGAGAUACGGCUGGUUCAUCAGCCUCUCUGCUUUAGUCAUCAUUGUGUUCCGGUCAGAGCUCUGCAUCUUCCUCGGUCUCAUGUUACUGAUAUCACUGUUGAGCAGGAGGCUGGGACUGCUGCACCUGCUUUACUAUGCUGUUCCUGCUGGAAUCCUGUCACUGGCUCUGACGGUGGCCAUUGACACCUUCUUUUGGAGGAAGUUGUUGUGGCCUGAAGGUCAGGUUUUGUGGUACAACACUAUUCUCAACAAAAGCUCCAGCUGGGGAACCUCUCCCUUUCUGUGGUACUUCUACUCUGCCGUGCCCCGCGCCCUGGGCUGCACGCUGCUCUUCGUCCCCCUCGGACUCCUUGACAGGCGGAUGAGGCUGCUGCUGCUGCCCGCUGUGGGCUUCGUCCUCAUCUACUCGCUGCUGCCCCACAAGGAGCUGCGCUUCAUCAUAUACACUUUCCCUGUGCUCAGCCUGGUGGCUGCCCGAGGCUGUUCUUUCAUUUUGUGCAACUACCAGAAAUCCUGGAUGUAUAAACUGGGCUCUGCAGUGGUGGUGGGCCAGCUGUUGACCAAUGCAGCGUAUUCUAGUAUUAGUCUCUAUGUUUCCCACCACAACUACCCAGGGGGCCAAGGACUGCAGGAACUACACAGACUGUUGCCUGUCACAACAGAUGCAUUUGUCCAUAUUGACACUUAUGCUGCUGAAACUGGAGUGUCUCGCUUCUUAGAGCAGAACUCAAACUGGAGAUAUGACAAACGUGAGGACCUGAGCCUCACAAGUCCUGACAUCAAGAUCUACUCGCACCUACUGAUGGAGGCGAAUGUCACCAAGAUACAGCUGCUCCAGGACACCCAUCGGCCGCUGGCCUUCAUCGAAGGUUACAGCAACAUUGCCUUCAACAUGUUUCGCUUCCCGCCUGUUAGUGUGCAAUUAGAGAGAAAAACUGUGCUCAUGGAGAGAACGAUUGUAACCGGACAACAAAAAGAGCGACUUUAACAGGAAUGUAUUGAAUUAAAGGGAUAGUUUGGGUGUUUCUCAGUGGGACUGUAUGAGGUAGUUAUCCAUAGUCAGUGUAGUACCUACAGUAGGUGGCGGUCGGCAUGCCUCCAGUUAGGAGAAACAGAAUGGAGUUACCGCACGGAAGCAAAGCAACAUACUGCUGUGGACGGGGGAGCACCCACCUAAAGAAAAUCAAUAUCAGUUUAAGUCUAAUCUAUAUUUAGAAUAUUUUCACCGGUUAGUUCGGAUUCACCAAAGUCACACAAUAACACAAACAAACGAACCGGUCGAGGCAGCGGUAGACCAGUAACCCCUGUGUUCUGAGAGGUCAAAUUACAGGGUUUUUUCAAUGGAGUCUGGUGCCUUUAGCGAGAGCAUACCUGUAGAUGGAUACAACGGCUUGAGUUUCCCAUAGGUAAGGGCUGUCUGACGGCAAGGUAAAGCGUUGAAAAUAUUCAAAAUAUAGUCUACACUUAAACUGAUAAUGUUCUUUUUAGGUGAGCCUUCC